AUGGACCCCUGGGCCCCUGCCUGGCCGCCCCAGUUCCGGGAGAGGCAGGUAGCCCGGGCGGGGUGGGGAGGGGCACACCGUGGCCCCCCACCACAGCCAAGGUGGCAGCUCCUCCGUGCAGGGCCCCCCCGUCAGCCCGGCCCCUGGGAUGGGGGCCACCUCCCCGGCCACCCCUGGGAUGAGGUCCGCCACCCCUGGAGGGAUGCCCGUGGACCGGCUUCCCGGGCUGAGUACUAUGAAAGCAGCAAACCCCACAGGCCGUACUCCAGGCAGGGAUAUGAAGACCCCCACUGGCAGUAUCCAGCAGCUGGCUAUGGGGAUGACUACACCUACCAAAGCCGCCAGUGGCAGCCAGUGGCCUGGCAAGAUGACAAAGACCUGAGACAGGGAGAGACUUACACCAAGAGCACCACUUUCCGGGACCAGCACUACUACAGGGGUUACCACCCCAACCUGGCUGCAACCCCCCGGGGGCAGGACAGGACACAGACCUACGACUCCUAUGAGGAGAGAUAUGUCUCGGCUGCCCGGCCUGAGUGUGCAGGGGGAGAAACCCCUGGCAGCGAUUUGGGGGAGGCCAGUGGCCAGCCCUCAGAGCCCUUGGGCCAGCCCAGCCUGCUCCUGCAGUACCGUGAGUCGGGGCUCAGCUCCAGCAGCCAUGAGCUCAGCCAGUACAUCCGUGAUGGUGCUGACCACUAUGACCCUGCGCUUUCAGGGACCUGGAGCCCGGCACAAGCAGGGGGGCCCUUGGUGUCCACCCCAGACCCGGUGGUACCCCUCAAGUUCUCGCUGCCACACAUGGCGGUGUGCUUCGGAGCUGGAGGCCAGCUGGUACUGGUGUGUCCCCACUGCCCGGCUGAGGGGCAGCUACCCCACGUCGAGCUACACAGCCUGGAGGUAAUCCUUCGUGACACAAAAGAGCUGGAGGAGCUACGGGCCUUCCCUGGGCCCCUGGCCAGGGAAGACCUGCACAAGGUGGAUGUGGUGACAUUUUGCCAGCAGAAGAUAGCCACAAGCUGUGAUCUCUCAACACAGAAAGGCAGAGAUUCAGCUCUUCUCUGGAAACUGCUGGUCCUCCUCUGCCGGCAGAAUGGGUCCAUGGUGGGCUCAGACACGGCUGAGCUGCUGAUACAAGACUGCAGGUGCCUGGAGAAAUACAAGAGGCAAAACCCUGCGGCAAACCUGCUUGGCCUGACGGAUGACGAGGGGAUGUCGCGUCAGCCGGGGACACUGGACCUCAUCACGGGGGAGGUCCCUCCUGUUGUGGAGACACAGGCACAGAUAGUGGAGAAGUUCACCAAGCUCCUCUAUUAUGGCAGGAAGAAAGAUGCUCUGGUCUGGGCCAUGAGAAACCAGCUGUGGGGCCAUGCCCUCUUCCUCUCCAGCAAGAUGGACCCUCGGACCUACAGCUGGGUGCUCACUGGGUUCACCAGCACGCUGGCCACCAAUGACCCCCUGCAGACCCUCUUCCAGCUCAUGUCAGGAAGGAUCCCGCAGGCAGCCCUGUGCUGUGGGGAUGCCACAUGGGGAGACUGGAGGCCUCACCUGGCUGUGAUGUUGUCCAACAAGGCUGGAGACAUGGACCUGAACCACCGAGCUAUCAUCACCAUGGGAGACAGUUUGGCUGGCAGGGGAGCAGUUGAAGCAGCUCAUUUCUGCUACCUGAUGGCAGAUAUUCCUUUUGGUUACUUCGGGGCGAAGGCAGACCGCAUGGCUCUGCUGGGCAGCAGCCACUGUCAGGCAUUCGCCCAGUUUGCCAGGACAGAGGCCAUCCAGCGGAUGGAAAUCUUCGAGUACUGCCAGCACCUACGACAGCCCAAAUCCUUCCUGCUCCCCUUCCAGGUGUACAAGCUCCUCUACGCCUCUCGCCUGGCUGACUACGGGCUCCCAGCCCAGGCCCUGCAAUACUGCGAGCAGAUCGCUACCGCGCUCCUGGGCCAGGAUCUGGCCAGCCACCCCAUCCUGGCCCAGCAAGUGAUGAAGCUAGCCGAGAGGCUGAAGCUCUCUGACCCUCUGCUCCUGGAGAUGCCAGAGCAGGACCAGAUGCUGGAGCCUGACUGGCUGCUACAGCUCCGAGCCUGCUGCCGGGAGUGGGAGGUGGAAGACGACCUCUCUCUGGAGGUGGCACCCACUCAGCCAGAUCUCUCCUGGGCUGCUGCAUCGAUGGCAGAUGGAGAGCCUGGUCAGGAGCUUCCCCAGAGCAAAGGCUACCAGUAUGACCAGUGGUACCAGCCCAUGCCACCCCAGGAACCCAGCUCCCACGAGGACGUGUCUCUCCAGCCCCCGGCCCCCACUCAGGUCGCAGCAUCACCACUGCUCGGCAUUGGGCAAGAGCUGCAGCCCCCCACACUCGGCCUGGGGACGGCUGCCCCUCCGGGAGGGGUUUUUGCUGAGCCCCCUCUGCAGGUGGUGCCACUGGCAGGAGAAGCUGGGGAGCCCCAGGAUGCCCCGCUGUCCCCUGGAGGGGUGCAGCCAUCCCUCCCAGCAGAGCAGGAGGAGUUAAAGGCAAGGGCUCGGACCAUCUCGGAAAGCUCCACUGUCUACUUGGAAGAUGACAGCCGGCCUUCCUCAGAGAGCACGGCUGAAGACACCAUUGAAGAGCCAGCACCAGCAGAGGCGGUGAAGCCGGGUGAGGAUAAGAGCUCUGGAUUCAGGUGGUUUGGCUGGUUUCGGUCGAAGCCCACCAAGGAAACAUCUCCCAAAGCUGGGUCUGAGACGGGCCCAGACUCCCCCACGCCGGGACCACAGGAAUGGAUGUCACCAUCCCCACAUGAAGCUCCUCCUGUGGCUGGGACAAGCCCUUUGGUUCAGCCUCCCUCCAGGAACCCUGGAGGAAUGCAAGGUGAAAAUACUUUUCCUGUUACUCCAGCAUCCAUUGAGAUGAAAGGCUCGUGGGAUGCAGGUGGUGGGGAGUCAGCAGGAGAGCAGACUGUCUCCCAUGAAUCUCCCCCAUCGGUGGGGACAGUUCCUCUCUUCAACCCUGUCCAGGUGUCUCAGCUGGCCGCUGCCGCUCGACCCAACCAACCCAGGCUCCUUUCCCAGCGCCGCUACCCCAACCCCCUGUGA